CCGCUCCUCGAUAGGCGGUGGUUCAUCAACGGAUGUAGCUGGCAGUUUUCACUCAGAGAAAUAUUUUUUAUUAACAUUAUUAGAUUAAUAAUUUGCUAGCUAAAGGAUUAUUUGUUUCCACAAUUAUUUGAUGAGAAGAAUCUUACAUCUAGUUUCGCAACACAAGUUUUUAAAAGUAUCCUUGGUCCGUAAAAUGCAAUGAUUGCACCAAGUGAUACCUUAUUCGUCGCCGGGAUUACAAGUGUUUGACAAAUAAAAAAUAAUUAAUAGUUUUAGCUCGUAAAAUGGAUAGGAUUAUAAAAUCAGAAAUAAAGGAGGAGAUUACAGGCAUUCCUUCUGUUACCCUGCACGGCAUUGGAAAAUCGCAGCUGGACGAUCCCCAUGGAGAAGAGGACCUGGACGAUGAUUUGACGGAGGAAGACCUGGAGCAGUCUACUUACGAUGAUGUGGAUACUGAGGACUCGGAUAUAACCUUGACGCAGGCUGAGACUGCGCGCAGUAUGCCUUUAAGCGAUGCUCCAAUGCGCAAGUUUCCUUUCAAACUAAAGCAAAACGAAUGCGGAAACAUCCUGACCGUGCACCAUACGAUCAAAGAAGCAGGUCACCGACUGCGCAUUCAAAUUGCCGCCUGCUGUUUCAAUGAGCUAAGCAACAAACUGGUCGUCAUCGACAAGCGUGGCAACGUUUUCAUCUUUGACUUCGUGCACAAACGCUACUGGCGUCUGGGGUUCCGGCUGCCCAAGGCGAAGCUUAUUCGUCCAUCUCCCCUGCACAAUAGUGACUAUAUUGUUGGCAAUAAAACGGGCGGAAUUACCAUCAUAGAUGUGGACAGCUCGAUAAUGGGCGCUCGCGGAGAGGUGGGCAAUGCAACUCUUGAUGAGUUAAGCUGGAGCAAUCGCCUGCAAAAUCCGCGCUUCUCAAAUGCCUUGAUGCGCUUCGGCAGCGAGGCCUUCCUGGUGAAUCUGCACACGCUGGCAGUCUCCCAUCAGCUGGAUUUUGAUGAGUCGCGGUACACGCUGAAGUUCGCUGCCUUCCUGCCCAACUCCGACCAGUUUUUCAUAGGAUUCUCUAACGACUCGCUGCAUGUAUGGUCCUCACACUCAUUGUGCACUUUACGGAUGGCUCAACCAAUUAAAGCCAGAAAUCGCAAACUAAGACUACUUCCAGUGGAAGAAUCUGUUCCGGAAAUCGUCCUGCGUGGCACGGAUGACAGCGACUUGGAAGACGACUUGACUUUCGACUGUCAGGACCACGACUUCGCUGAUGGGUUGCUGCUCUGCUACUGCUUCACACCCGAUGGCAACAAAAUGUGUCUGAGCACUUUGGAUGGAUAUCUCCUAGUGCUGUGUGUUGCCUCAUUUGAUCUGGAAAAACUUUAUCGUUUGGCUGAUUUUACUCUCCGCCAAAUGGCUCUUCUGGCGCAGCCAAAGGAACGCAUAGUGUUUGGGAUCACCACAAGAAACCAAGCCGUCAUGCUGGAUUUGACAAACACGGAUCACAAGUUGAUUGUGCAGCGAUCCAAUGCGAUUAGUUUGACUCUCAGUCGAGAUGGAAAACUGCUCAGUGUAACAUCCCGUUGCGGAGAGGUGAAUGUGUGGUCAACCUGCCGGCUAUUCAACGCAUUGCAAGUUCAGACCCGCUGCCUUAACCAGAUAAAGUCCACGUUUAAGCAACCAAAACCUCUGCCGCACUGCAGUGUCGGUGGAGGAGUAAGCCAGGAACUACGACAUCUAUUGAAACCAGAGCGCCUGAAAGCCAUGCUCAAGGAAUACGGCUGUUACCCUGAGAAGUAUAGGUUCCUCAUUUGGACAUCUCUGUUGGACCUGCCCUGCAAUGGGCCUCAGUUCCAGGCGCUUAUCAAACUGGGGGCACCUCUCAUGGUCAAAAAUCAGGCCAAGAAGCUUAAAAUACGCAACGAUGCCCAGAGGCGGGCCGUGAUCAAGAUUUGGAGCUGUCUUUCCCAAUGGUGCAAGGUUUUGGCCCACGCGGAUUUUAUGCCGCUUCUUAUUUAUCCGUUUGUGAAGCAGUUACCCAAGAACAGUUUGGUUUCCUUUGAGGUGGUAGCGACUCUAAUCCUGAACCACUUUCAGUUGUGGUUUGAGUUUCAUCCGCUGCCGCCGUCUAAUUACCUUGCAAUGUGCGAUAAUAUCCUGCAGCACUGCGACGAAGAACUUUGCCAGUUUUACAACUCGCAGGAUAUAGCUCCUAAGGACUUCGCCUGGUCUCUAUUGAGCACUGCCUUCUCCGAGGUUCUUGAAGAGCAGCAUUGGCUGUCAUUGUGGGACAACAUUGUGUCCGAACCGCCUUGGUUCCCGGUCUUUCUAGUCGUCGCCUAUAAUGUGAUUCAUCGAGAAAUCGUCAUACGGCUUCCAGACAAACGAUCAGUGCUUAUGUAUUUCCGCGAUCAGAAUCCUGUUGACAUUAGCAAACUUCUUUUUAAAGCGCGGAAGCUGAUGGCCAAGUGUGAGCUAGCUCUUCAUCCACAGCGAUUUAUGGAACACUUUAGGCCCAUUCCAAAGGGUGUGUAUCCUAAGUUUCUUAAGUAUCCUAGCGAGUGGAUCGAGAAGCAGGAGGAACAGGCAGUAUCGCUCUUAAAGCACAACCAGGAGAUUGAUGCUCGAAUUCGCCACCUGGAGUUAGAGGAGGUCCAAAUCAAGGAACGCCUUGAAAACGGUCUUAAGCAGGAGGAGCACGCCCGCCGUCUCAGGGAAAUGGAGAAACUUUACCAGGACACUAUCCAUCGCGAGGAGGAGCGCAUAACCAUCCAGCGCAAAAUGCUUCUCACGUACCAAAUGGAGGUGCGGCGCCGCAAGAGCGAAGUGAUCACGAAAUUGCACGAGUCCGAGCAGCGACGUAAGGUCCUGGAGAUGGAGAAAGACAUAGACCUGCUCAUGCAUAGCAUCGAGCGAGAGCGUCGACGGCACAACCAACAAAUGCAGCUGGCCGAAGAUGAAAUACGCAACCAGGAGAUGGAGCUUCUCGCCCAGCGCUACUACUCGGAAACGGCAGGUGCUCCGCUGGCCCAGAAAUACUAUGACAACAUUCAGAAACUUUGUAGUCAGCGGGACCAGUUGCAGCAGAAGUUGCGUGAUAUGACCAUGGAGCAGUUGCGCUCUCCUGCGACUUCAUCCGUACAAUGUAACCCCCAGCUGGUGGACAUCGAGAACUCAAUUUUAGAAAUACAGCGGGAGUUUACGGAAAUCAUAACUACAGAAACGACAGCUAGGGGAUACAGGAGCACUUACUCUUAAUUAUUUAAAUAACAAAUUCACGCAUUUUGUACAAAUAAAUGUCUAAGCUAGGAUUAUUUACAUGGCACCGGAAAAUAAAUGAAUAAACAGA